CAGCAUCCAUUGCGAAAGCGUAUAGUGACUUUCACUAUAUUAGGGAUGUAUGUGCAAUGCAUACUGUGUUCCCACGAAGCGCACGCGCAUAUAGCAUAGCUAUGCUAGAACACUUCUGUAUUGAUUACGUUGUGUUAUUCUAUAUCACUUCUAUUCGCCUGUAUUCGCCUGUAUUCGCCUGUGUUGAAGUCCUAAUAAAUAUAACGGCCAAUAUUUCAAAGCAGACGGCAAAUGAAACAAAAUUUCUCCAACUGAUACUCGAUAUCCAGGUACAGAUCGCUGAAAGCGUGCUGUAAUUACAUGUUUAUGGAAGUGACAGACGACUUGACAGGGCUUGACAGUAGUCAGAAGGAAGUUGAAUGGUUUCCGAGGUAUAAGUCAAGCAGUAACCUUUGAAAACAUGAAGUUCGCGAUGAUAUACUUCGUUGUCUUCUUGAGCCUGGGUGUAGUUCUACUUCCACAAAACACCGACGGGUCACCUACCUCAGGGACCAAGCCUCUCCCGAAGGAAUGCAAUAUCGUCAAUGACACCUUUGUUGAUUGUCGUCAUAAGGAUUUGAGGACCAUACCAACUGGCUUUCCAGCGACCGUCGAGACACUUCUCCUGUCGUACAACUCCAUUCGUGUUAUCACUAACGAGUCCUUCCACGGUCUUGUCAAUUUAGUCACCCUGGAGCUCCACCACAACAGCAUCUCGAAGCUUCGGUCGGUCUUCUUCAAAGAUCAGGAGAAGCUGCGGUACCUCAGUCUCCAUCAUAAUCAGAUCGGGAAGCUUCCCAAUGAUGUCUUCGAGCAUGUACAAGGUUUAGAGGUUCUUGACUUAUCGUACAUGAACAAUGGCUUCACUUCAUUGCCCGUAGCUCUGACAGGACUGCUUAAUUUGCGCGUGUUAGACUUUUCAUCGAAUCGUCUGCAGUCUGCGGGUUUCACACCUGAUGCCACCUUUCCUGCCCUUCAAGAAUUGCAUCUCGGGAAGAACCAAAUCAAAUCAUUACAGAACGCAGAUUUCAAAGCAUUACUGGAUUGUAAGCUCAGCUUUCUAGAUAUGACGGAAAAUCAGGUUGUUGAUAUCGAAAGUGGCGUUUUUCAUCCUAUUGCGUCAGUUGCUGAACUGGACUUUUCCAAGGGGCUUGACCCCGUUGCUAUACCUGCUCUAUCGGAGGCUAUAUCCGACCAACUAGUUAAUACUCUGUAUCUCAAAGAAAUCGAUUUGGGAACACAGGACAUCGACAAGUUUAAAGACUUGCGCAAUUCAACGCUGGAAAAGCUUGAUAUUUCGUUUAAUAACAUCACUACCUUGAAUUCUGAGUUUUGGGGUCUAUCAAAUGUUACAUCUCUGAUUAUUCAGAGCAGUCUCGUUACCACCAUCGGCGCUACGGCAUUUUCUGGUCUGCAUCUGGUAGAAACUGUUGAUCUUAGCAGUAACCAAAUCGCAACUGUUAGGGAUGGAAUGUUUUCUGCUUUAUCCAACACCAACCUGAAAACACUCUACUUGAAUAACAGUAAGAUAAACAAUAUUUCUGCUUCAGAUGGCUUCCGUGGCCUAUCGAAACUCCUCUACUUAAAACUGUCCAAUAAUAAGAUUAAGCAGAACUUCGUUGGUGAGGAAUUCAAAGGCCUUGAUUCUCUAGAAGUUCUUGAUCUUGGGGUGAAUACUAAUAUAUCACUAUCACCUGAUGCGUUCCGAUUUUUACAAAGUCUUCAAACGUUAUAUCUCAAACUAGCAAACAUAAAAAAUAUAACUGUUGUGCCAUCUCCGUUUGAUAAAUUAUCCGGCCUUAAGAACCUUGACUUGAGCAACAACAACAUGGCUGCUCUUCACGUAGAUACAUUUUCGAGCUUGGGUAACCUCGGGACAAUGUACCUCCAACACAAUAAUCUCUACAACAUGUGGAACGAGACUAUCCAUGUCCCAUUCCUGAAAUCACUUCGACGGCUGAAAUACUUGAAUCUCUGUUACAAUGGAUUUCAGAACAUCCCGAACAAUUCAUUAAGUAAUCUUCCAGAACUCAAAGCCCUCCUCCUAUGUCACAAUAAAAUUUCGCACCUUCAGGACAACAUUAUUGAUGAUCUGCCUCUGACCACUUUGGAUCUGGGACACAAUCAGAUAAACCUGAUCAACCAGACGCUCCUGGAACCCGUGCUUGGAACGCUGAAGGCCCUGACAGUCUCCGGGAACCCAUUCUCCUGCGGAUGUGACCUUCAGUGGUUCAGGGAAUGGCUCGAUGUGACCAAGGUGCAUAUCAAUGACAACAGCCACAUGAUAUGCUCGUCCCCACCUGACAUGCGAGGAAAACUCAUCAUUGAUUUCCAUCCCGAGACACUCAACUGUGAUCAUCGACUACCUCUGUACACCUGGAUCCUCAUCGGAGUCGGAUCCUGUAUGGUUUUCGUCACCGUCGCUCUUGCCGUCAAGUUCAGGUUCCACAUCAACUACUGCUUCAACCUGGUCAAUGCGAGGAGAAGGAAGUACCAGCGUAUCAAAGGAGAGGAUUUGCCAUUCUUGUACGACGCGUUCGUAUCUUUCAGUCACAAAGAUGAAGAAUGGGUCGAUAAUGAACUGGUUCGCCACCUAGAAGGCGACAGUGGCCUCCGUCUGUGUCUCCACAAGCGUGACUUCAUCCUGGGCAGGAAGAUUUUAGACAGCAUCAUAGAAGCCGUUGACAGUAGCCGUUUCACCCUCUGUAUCCUCUCGGCCAACUACCUAGACAGCCACUGGUGCAAGAUGGAGCGAGAGUUUGCGAUGGCGAACCUGAUCGACCGCGACGUCCUCAUCAUCAUCGCCCUCGGUGAAAUCCCGGAGAAGAAAAUCACCAAGUAUUACAAGCUGCACAAGCUGAUGAUGAAGCGCACCUACCUGACGUGGCCCAUGGAACCAGGCGUCCAGAGAAAUGACUUCUGGGUGAAGCUAAAGACAGUGUUGAGGGCACCAGAAUUGCGCAUCAAUAACAACGACGUUAUAUAACAAUGUCAAAGUGAGGCCUUUUGCACACGAGGCGCCAUAUCGACGCAGGACUGUGCCAGCGACUCGCGCGGUCUUUGUCGCUCAAUAUAUACAUUGUACGGAAUUUUGAGAACAAACUAAGGCCUUCUGGAAAUCAAAGCUUUCCAUUUAACUAUCAGUCAUCAAAACUUUAAUUGAUAUAUUUCUAUGAAGACUUCACUAAUUCCGCCUGACUCUUCUGCAAAGGUGUUAGCUGUGCUUUUAACAAAUUAGACGAGGAAUAUCUUUCUUUCUUGCUCACUGUAUGAUCGUCACGUCACUCUACCUGCUCAUGAAUGGAAUUGUAUAUAUUUACGCGCUAUAUACCAUGUAGGCAUUUUAUCAUUGUGUGUUUCAUGCUUAUCACAAUCGUUUCAUUUAUAGAUUGCAAGCGUCCCACAAACUGCAAACGCGAAAAUAUCAAAGCUAUACUGUAAUUGAAGCACUACCGCAAAAUCCCCUUUAGCGCAAUCUCAGGUCAACUGCAGCAGUAUGGUCCUGUAACUUGUUGCUUCCCUAAAGCUACGCUGUUGAUUCUCGGAUCGAGUCCACUGUGUGCGAAGGGAAAGUAGAUAACGGAUUAUACACUGUUGGCAAGUUGACCAUAAGAAGGCACUGUGUAAUAAACAACGCUAGGUCAGAAAGUUCAUCAGUUCAGUAUCGCUUUAAUAUGAUAUUAACGGUAAUGAACAGUUAUGUAUUAUGAGUGUGCGCAUAGAGUGGGUUAGUUAUUGAUAAACUUAUAUUUUCUAUAUUAAAGCUAAGGCAAAUUUGGUUUGGCCGCGGGUACGUGCCUCCUGUGCCCGAACCCUCCUGGAUCUGGCCUUGCAAUAAUGGUCAUGUUUUCCUUGCAUUACCUAAUGAAGAGGAUAUAAUAAUUAUAAUACCUGUUUUUGCCAAUCGAUUGGGGCAUGUACCCCCUUUAGCUGCGCUACUGUUCGUAUUAUCAUUUUUGUUAGGGGGAUUUAUACGGAUUGCCAAUAUUAUGGUAUCUAAACAAUAUGUUUACAACAAAUAGUGGUUUUUCUUCUAGUUAACUGAAAUUAAAUACAGGGCAUGCAAUGUACCGAUGAAAAUAGAUAGAUAUUCAUCUGACUUAGAAAUCCUUGCAAAUUGAACUUCUUUAUAUCCAUUGAAAGAAAAAAAUUGAAUAUUGUAUAUAUUUUGUAACUAUAGUAAAUAGUAAUAAGAGCAUUUUUUUGUAUAUCAUUUGGCUAAGAUGCAAUUCGUACACAAAUAUAAAACACUGCUAGAAACACACCUUGUUAAUAACGCGAUAUUGCAGUGAAAACCUGAAUUGUGAUGUACGUAUGUAUCAUUAAAAGUGGUAGGCGUUUGGUCGCACUCGGCUACACAAUGUUCCGACAAUAACUGCUUCGCGGUCAAAGUUUAGGUCUACACUAUCUGAGUUCCUAACUUUAAACCUGGAUCAAACACUGUACCUAACUCCAAUCCUAAAUUCUAUACCCUUAAACCUAAUUACUAUAUACACUAAGUGUAUCUUUUUGACGGAGUAAAGCGGGGAGCAUUGUCGCCGGAGCAAUAUUAUUGUGGGUUCACCAUGGCCCUGUUUCGUAAAGCUUGUUAUCACUAACAAGCUACAGGCCUACUGAAAUCGUGGCAU